GGCACCAGCAAGUAGUGACCUCGGUGUACCACAAGCAGAACUCUGUAUCACAUUUUUCAAGUUUCCGCAUCUAGUGGAAUUUCACAGACUUGUGCAACUGAUUAUUUGAUGUUUCAGAAGUGUCGAGCAUGUGGUGGAGUACCCCACAGCCUUUAAAUAUUGAUUUAUCGAGAAAGAAGUAAAUAAUCAAUUGAAAUUUCAAUAUUCUUCAUUCAAUUACAUUUUCGAGCAACUGCAGAGGUCUUCUAGCACUCAUCAAAGAUGUCUGUGGUGUCGGCGCGCUCUACCAGCCUCUCGUCGAUCCUCACCUCCUCUGGUCAUCGUGCGAAGCAGCGCCAGAAGUGGGCCAAGGUCGUCUUCGUGCCCCCCAAGAACCUCAAGAAGAUCCUCUUGAAUUACGAGACUGGAGCCGACAGGAAGAGUUACGAUGGACUCAUUUGCAUGGUCAGAGAUGCGGAAAUUACUGAUGACCAGCUGAUUGAUUUUCUCAACGAGAUUCGUCAGUGCAUAUCCUUCCUGGGAGCCAAUCACAAGCUCCUGGUGGAAGUUGUUCUCACUAUCUCGUGGACCCGGAGGUGCGAGGAGGCGGCCGAAGCUUACAAAGCUUUUCUGGAGGACCUCGUGUGCGUUCAUAUUUAUCACUGCAAAGUUGUUAUUGAGAAGCUGGUGAACGAGUUCAAACCUAUGGAGACUCCCGUUGGUCGUUUGCCCCCAGAACCCUGGGUGGACAGUGUUCCCACCCCAGAGGACCUCACUCGCCUCACACACGUCCACGACGUGAUCUCCAAGGUCUUGAGAAUAGUUCCCAUGUCCUCGAAUCUUCUCCUACAAUCCCUCACGACAAAAUUCCCCUUCUUCAAGGCCCCGACCCACAACCACGAGGUCUACAUCCACUCCCUCCUCCAGAUAAUAUCCUAUGCCCCGGAGUUGAGAGGGGACAUUCUCUCUCUGGUCAUCAACAGACUCCUCAUCAUCGACGUUAACGCCCCACGUUCAGAGAUCGAGGAGUUCAACGAUCAGGACGAGGACGAUGAGGUCUUCAAGAUAGACGAGACAGACGGUCAUCAGAAAACACCAGAAGAAAGGGUCCACCCCAUUGGGCACACCCUCGAUAUCUGCAUGUGGAUGACUCUGAGAUUCGUGAAGAACACCUGCUACACAUCUGGCGGUGUUCUCGAUCCUGAAGCGGUGAAGGGACUCUACUUUCAUCUGCUGGACGUCUUCGAGAAGAACAUUAUGCCGACUUAUGCCAGCCAUCAUGUCCAGUUCAUCUACUUCUACAUGUGCAGCUUCAAAGGGUCCAUUGUUGAAGCCUUUGUCAACUGGCUCUGGGGGAGGGUCAGCAAUCCCAAUGUUGCCCCGGUACUGAGACAGUCUGCUGUCUGCUAUCUGGCGAGUUUGGUGGCUAGAGGGAGCUUCGUACCCAUCAGCCUCAUCACGCGGGUCAUUCAGGAGAUGUCCACAUGGAUCCACAGCUACAUAGCAACUCAAGACAGUCUGGAAUGCGCCAACAGCGACGUUAGAAUUCACACUGUUUUCUACUCCAUCUGCCAAGCGUUGUUCUAUGUCAUUGCAUUCAGGCACAAGGAUCUCGUAGACGUUAAAAAGAAUUUGCUCUUCCUUCAAAGUCUGAAUCUCACAAAAAUGGUGACAUGCAAGCUGAAUCCUCUCAGAAUGUGUGUUCCUGUGGUCGUUCAACAUUUUGCAGCUGUCACGAGGACCUAUCAACUUGCUUAUUGCUACACAGUGAUGGAGCACAACGCCAGGACAAAUCUGCCAGUGAUAGAGACCUCUAAUCGUCUCACUUCCUGGCUGGACACGUUUUUUCCUUUUGAUCCGUACAUUCUUCCCAAAAGCUCCUCCAUGAUCAGUCCAAUUUACCUGCAGUAUCGGGGUACUGUGAAUCUAGAACCCGAAGAGGAGAAGCAGGAGACACAGGAGGAGGAGGAGGAGAACGAUGACGAUGAUUUUAUGGAUGUCUCGUUUCCUCAUAGUGAUGCCAAGAAUCAUCUUGACAAAUUUUCAUACAGCACUUCCCCGGGAUUCAUUCACACCUGAGGAGAUAGAGACCAGGAGGCCAUUGGUGCAGAAUUGAAAUAUACCUGAGGAGAUAGAGACUCGGAAGCAAGUGGCGAUGUCUUGAUGGACUUAAUCAUUAGAAUUCGUUUUGUUCAAUAAUUCUAGGUCUUGAAGAGAUCGACAAAUUGAAAUUGUGUAUUUGGAUGUCUGGAUUUUGCUGAUAAUUCAUCGCGAUGAGUUCCUGGGGCGAUUUAACAAAGGGGUGACCCUGGGUAUCAACGAACCCUUCGGAGAAGUGAAAUCUUCAUCUGGAUGAGGUAUUCAACGCGAAUUGUGGCGGCUGCCGAGAGGAAUUGGUUUGAAGAUUCUGGAAUAUCGUGAAUUAUCUUCCACUAGAUGGCUAUACUGAUGAAUAUUGGUCUAAUGGUUAUUUCUCAUACUUGCGAGUGCAAUUAUAAAGACUAUUGCAUAUUUAUUACUGAUACAUAACUGUAGAAAAAUAAUUAUCUAUCAUAAUAAACGAUUUAUGUUCAUUAACGCAAA